GAAAAUUAAAGUGUUACACUUCGCAUGAGAUAAAUCAGAUUGUCUAAUGGAGAAACCAUCAACACUCUCAAGCAGAGUCCAGCCACCCCUACUUCUCUUCAUUCCUUCCUCUCUUUUCCAUCAAAUUGCUUUCAAAUUAAGGGCGCUGACCGCUGAGCUCUCAAUUCCACGCGUAAGUGAUUCAUCCUCAAAAGGAUUCACUCGUGAAGACGACAUUUCGCUCGUAUUUCUCUCUGGGCUGGCUGUUACUUUACUUUUUUGUUGUUUUAUCCUAAAUUACUUGACUUUAAUAACUCCCACUGCUUCACUCCAAAUCCUGAAUAUCAGACCCCUACUCUUUCGAGAAGACCUUUAUUGCUUCUCUGUCUUAAAAAUUCAUCUCCUGCCAAAUAGAAGAUAUUAGGAUGUCACUUUUAUUCAUCCCACCCUCAAGGGUCCUCUCUCCUCAUAUCAACCGACUUGGGGUGUGUAAUUCAAAAUUUCAAAGAAAUUCUCCUUCAAACCUAAACUUUGAUUUUGUUCUGCGCAAAAUCCCAUGGGAAAUCUCUUCUACUUCAAUGUGUAUCCCCACUUUUUUCAAAACCAAAACACCACCCAGCUUGAAGCUUAUAUCCAAAAAUCAAACAAGCACCGAUUAUCAGCUGACUGAUGAAGAAAACGCGGCGGAUUUCAAUUUGGGGGACCAAAGCCAAGAAGACAUUGAUGACUUGGGGUCUCCAUGGGAAGGGGCCAUUGUGUACAAGAGGAACCCUUCAAUCACCCAUGUAGAGUACUGCACAACUUUAGAGAGGUUUGGUUUAGGAAGGCUUUCAACCGCAGUUUCAAAGUCUAGGGCUUCGAUUAUGGGGUUACGGGUCACAAAAGCUGUGAAGGAUUAUCCGAAUGGAACACCUGUUCUGGUAUCUGUUGAUGUGACAAGGAAAAAGCAGAAAUUGAGGCUUGAUGGGAUCAUAAGAACUGUUCUCACUCUGGAUUGCAAUAGGUGUUGUGAACCAGCUGCUGAAUGCGUGUUUUCUAGCUUCUCACUUCUACUAACUGAAGAACCUGUGGAAGAACCAGAGUUUAUUAAUAUGGGAGUAUUUGGCGAAGGAAGAAACAAGACUUAUACUAGGAGGGUUGAGGAGGAAGACAAGGAUGAUGACGCCUCAAUUGAUUUUGACGAUCGCCUAUAUUUUCCUCCUGAGGAGAAAGAGAUUGACAUCUCAAAGAACAUCAGAGACACGAUUCAUGUGGAGAUCACCAUGAAUGCCCUGUGCGAUCCAUCGUGCAAAGGUAUAUGUCCUGAUUGCGGUGUAAAUCUGAACAACAAAAGAUGCUGUUGUGUCAAAGACGCGGUUAAGGAGAAAGGUUAUGGCCCUUUUGGAAAUUUAAGGAAGCAAGUGCGGAAAAAUUAAAAAUGCAAGCUAACAGACAAGGAGCCUAGUAUUUACUUCUCGUAACAGGGUGCUAUUGUAGCAAUAUUUAUGCAGCAAGAUAUUGCUCUUACGCCUCUUUGGUAUUUUAUUUACCACAAGAGUUUUUAUGUCCUUGAGACAUUUUGUGUAGUUCCUCCUUUCUUUUUGAUUAAAAGCUCUUAAGUGAGAUUAAGUGUUGAGAUUUAAAA